GUAACUUGAGAGGGAGCAGUGCAUUAUGGGACACCCCCCAGUAUCCCACAAUGCACUGCAGGUGCCCCAGAAAUUUGGGGGGGGUGCCUGGAGCAGUGCAUUUUCGGAAGGGAAAGGGGUGGUCCCCUCAGAUAUGGCGUGAGGAAGAGGUCCCAGUGCAAACCAGUCAGCCCAGCAUGGAUCAGUACAGCAUCCUGGGCAGGAUAGGGGAAGGUGCCCACGGCAUCGUCUUCAAAGCCAAGAACAUAGAGACAGGGGAGACCGUGGCAUUGAAGAAGGUCGCUCUGCGGAGACUGGAGGACGGGAUCCCGAAUCAGGCGCUGCGGGAGAUCAAAGCGCUACAGGAGAUUGAGGAGAAUCAGCAUGUGGUGAAGCUGAAGGCCGUGUUCCCCCACGGCGCAGGCUUCGUGCUGGUGUUCGAGUACAUGCUGUCGGACCUGGCCGAGGUGAUCCGCAACUCCCAGCAGCCCCUGACGCAGGCCCAGGUGAAAGGCUACAUGCUCAUGCUGCUGCAGGGGGUGGCCUUCUGCCACGCCAAUAACAUCAUGCACCGGGAUCUGAAACCAGCCAAUUUACUCAUCAGCUCUACGGGGCAGCUGAAGAUUGCGGAUUUCGGCCUCGCCAGGGUGUUCUCCAGUGACGCAGGCCGGCUCUACAGCCACCAGGUGGCCACCAGGUGGUACCGUGCCCCGGAGCUCCUGUACGGCGCCCGGAAGUAUGACGAAGGGGUGGAUUUGUGGGCUGUGGGCUGCAUUUUUGCUGAGCUGCUGAACAACUCGCCCCUCUUCCCCGGGGAGAACGACAUUGAACAGCUCUGCUGUGUGCUCCGGGUGCUGGGGACCCCGAGCCAGCGCAUCUGGCCGGAGAUCACGGAGCUCCCUGACUACAACAAGAUCUCGUUCAAAGACAACCCGCCCAUCCCGCUGGAGGAGGUGCUGCCCGACGCCCCCCCACAGGCCCUGCAGCUGCUGAAGCACUUUCUGGUCUACCCUUCCCGGGAGCGUGUGAAGGCAGCCCAGGGGCAACGUGGGCAGAGAAACGGGCUCGGAGGAGGAUCCUGGGGGUGGGGGGGACGAGCCGGGCAAGAUCGCACGGACGAUGCGGUGGGGUGAGGAGAGCGGCAGGCCGGCUGGAUGGAGAGGAAAAGCUGGAUCUUGAGGACGUUGGGCGGCAUCCACAAGAUUUCCACGGAGUCUGCACGUAGGAGGGAGGCCCGCGUCGACGGUGACAGGCAAGCUGGGUUGGGUGGCGGGGCAGGCGAGGAGCUACUUGCUGGAUUUUACCUUGGCGAGGUCGAUCCGGGAGUGGAGGCGGGAGUUGGACCCGGGUUUGUGGGAGGGAGAAGGUGCAGAUGGAGAAGAGAACGACCGAGCCCUGGGGAGCCAGGAAAGGAUGGAGGCAGGGAAGCCGAGAUCCCCAGAAAAGGAGCCAGGAGGAGGGUGGAAACUCCUCCUUUCGUGUGAUCCUUUAGUCAUUGUCGAUUCUUUCUGUGUCGUCCUUCAGUGCCCCCUUUGUUCCCCAGCAGAAUCUUUUUCUUUUCUUUUCUUUCUCACGGUUGCGAUCUUAGACCCUUGCAGAGCUCGGUAAGCUGCGGAAUUUCCCCCUAUCAAUAAGGAAAUAAAACAAUCUAGGAACGGCCAAGCAAAAAGCUUAGUAAGUUUUAAAAAAGAAAUGAGGACAUGCCAGAUAGUGGUUCCCGUGGUAAACUUUGAUUUUGAGAUCAGGGUCUUGUCAUGCCGGGCCCUGGCCACACCCCGUCCGCGAUCAGGGCCCCCCCGUCGGGCCGGGCACUGCCCACUCCCCACCCGUGAUCAGCCUCC